GGUCGGGCUGCCAGGCGUUGGGCACUUCCGCCGGGGUCGGGUUUCCUUCAACUCGGCAUUUAAAUUGAGCUGCUGGACAUCAGCUGCUGCUACACUCAGCGCCGCGCUGUGACAGAAAAUAACCGCUAGCUAAACAGGCUACUCUUAUUUUUUAAAACCGAAACGACAGAAAUAAUUUCAGCUCCGGAGGAGAUCCGGGUAGUUUGGUGGGCAGAGGAGCGGGAGCGGGUGAACAAUAACGGGGGUCGAGCUGUGACAGCGGCUCGGUGCAUCAUUUUUGGGAUUCCUCCGCUAGCUGCUGGACGAAACUGAAUAGCGGUAACGUGACGUUGUGCAUGAGCGGAAUGAUUUAGGCUUUUUCUGGGUAGUGUUUGUUUACCGAAAUAGACUGGUAAACAACAACAAACUCAUUGAAAGCUGUGUUUUUGUGGCCCUGGAGCAGAAGUGGCCUGGACUGGGGAGGACCGAUGGACUCGAUGAUGAGAGUGUAUUUGAAGGGUCAGGUUUAAUUUCUGAUAUAAUACAUACAACAAUUUGGAUUUUAAUAUUGUUGUAGAUAUCAAUGGACACAAAAUAACCUUCAACUGUGCUGAAUAUAAGAAACUAAACCUUUAUAUUAUUAACAGCAACAGUCACCACCCAUCAGUGUGGAAGGACAUACUGACUUCAUUUCAUCUACAUAUAUUAUCUUGAGACUGAUUUAAGAUAAAACAAAACUUUUAAGGAGAUUUGAUCUUUUUUUGAGAAUAUUUCCAGUAAAACAUAACCUGUAGAAAACAAUAUAGAUUAUUUUUAGAGCGUAUAUGUCACCAACUGUCAUUUUUGUUUGGAUUUAAAGGUGGAUCUGAAGUUAUUUGUUUUUAAUUAAGUUCCAGCUUAUCUGACUUUUUAAUAGUUUUAAUUUGGAGCUCUUCCCAUUGUAUAUGUAAGGAAAUCUCAAGGACAUACCAAAUUCACAGACCUUUCAGGAUAGCUCAAUAACCUGUCAGUAAAGUGACAAAAACAGCAUCUCCGACCAGUUACACCCAUCAGAGGCUUCACUAGUCCUAACAAGCAACCAACAGCCAUGUUCAGCUGGCUUGGAACCGACGACCGGAGGAAGAAGGAGCCAGAGGUCUUUCAGACCGUCAGUGACGGACUGAAGAAGCUCUACAAAACCAAACUCCUGCCGCUGGAGGAGAGCUACAAGUUCCAUGAGUUCCACUCCCCGGCUCUGGAGGAUGCGGACUUUGACAACAAGCCCAUGGUCCUACUGGUGGGACAGUACUCCACCGGCAAGACAAGCUUCAUACGCUACCUGCUGGAGCAGGAUUUUCCCGGAAUGCGGAUCGGCCCUGAACCCACCACGGAUUCCUUCAUCGCGGUGAUGCAUGGCGACACAGAGGGAGUCAUCCCCGGUAACGCUUUGGUGGUUGACCCCAAGAAGCCCUUCAGAAAGCUGAACGCGUUCGGAAACGCCUUCCUCAACAGGUUUGUGUGUGCCCAGCUCCCAAACCCAGUGCUGGAAAGCAUCAGUGUGAUUGACACACCAGGAAUUCUGUCAGGAGAGAAACAGAGAAUCAGUCGAGGCUAUGACUUUGCAGCUGUCUUGGAGUGGUUUGCAGAGCGAGUGGACAGGAUCAUUUUACUGUUUGAUGCCCACAAAUUGGACAUCUCUGAUGAGUUCUCAGAGGUCAUAAAAGCCCUGAAGAACCAUGAGGACAAGAUCAGGGUUGUGCUGAAUAAGGCCGACCAGAUAGAGACGCAGCAGUUGAUGAGAGUGUACGGUGCCCUGAUGUGGUCACUGGGAAAAAUAGUCAACACACCAGAGGUGAUCCGCGUCUACAUCGGGUCAUUCUGGUCCCACCCUCUGUUGAUCCCAGACAACAGGAAGCUGUUCGAAGCAGAGGAGCAGGACUUAUUCAAGGACAUUCAGUCUUUGCCGAGAAACGCAGCGCUCAGAAAACUCAAUGAUCUGAUCAAGAGGGCAAGACUAGCCAAGGUCCAUGCCUACAUCAUCAGUGCACUGAAGAAAGAGAUGCCCUCUGUGUUCGGGAAGGAGAACAAGAAGAAAGAACUGAUUGCCAGUCUGGGAGAUAUUUACAAACGCAUCGAACGAGAGCAUCAGAUUUCACCUGGAGAUUUUCCUAAUCUGAAGAAGAUGCAGGACCAACUCCAAGCUCAGGAUCUCAACAAAUUCCAGCCUCUGAAACCCAAACUCCUGGAGGCAGUGGAUGACAUGCUGGCCCACGACAUUGCUAGCUUAAUGGUCCUGGUCCGCCAAGAAGAAACCCAGCGUCCCAACCCAGUUGUGAAGGGUGGUGCCUUUGAUGGCACUCUGGAUGGCCCGUUUGGCCAUGGUUAUGGCGAAGGGGCGGGUGAAGGCAUUGAUGAAGCAGAGUGGGUUGUUGCACGUGAUAAACCUGCUUAUGAUGAGAUUUUCUACACAUUGUCUCCUGUCAAUGGGAAGGUGACGGGAGCCAAUGCCAAGAAAGAGAUGGUGAAGUCAAAACUGCCCAAUACGGUGCUAGGAAAGAUCUGGAAGCUGGCAGACAUCGAUAAGGACGGGAUGCUUGAUGACGAGGAGUUUGCGUUGGCCAACCACCUGAUAAAAGUGAAACUAGAGGGACAUGAACUGCCAUCAGAGCUGCCCGCACACCUGGUGCCUCCUUCCAAGAGGAAAAUACCAGAGUAAACGUAACCCCCUGCCCCAAAGCCUGUAAGUAGACAUAUGCCCUCCACCCAGAGAAAAGUAUCCCAAUUAAAAUAGGAAUAUUCCUAUAGCAUUAUAGCAAAAAAAUACAAAUGAAGAGAAUUUGAACAAAUUAGACCCAUUUCCAAAUCUCAGUCCCGCUCUGCUGAUGUCACCCCCCAUCUGCAGUCUUUCCUUAGCUUCAAGAGGCAAAUAUUAGAACAAAAUAUUUAGUUACAUUCAAAUAAAAAUGAAUGAACGCAGCUCGACUGUUGGCAUGUGGAUUCAAAUGCUACAUUUCAGCAGUGCUGAAGUGGCAUGUACCAGGGAACUGGAUCUCUAUGAGUCCUCCCAUUAAAGUGAAGUCUUUAGUACAGUGUUCAAAGGGAUAUUUUAAAGUGAAGUUGUAUGAGGUACUCAUCCAUAGUCAGUGUAUUACAUACAGUAGAUGUUGAUUGACACACACCCAGUUUUGGAGAAGCAGGCUGGAGUCCGUCACAGGCACUAAGCUAUGUGCUGCUUUGGAUGAGGGCAGCAGCAAAAUGUAUUUUAGCCACUUAAAAAAGUCCCAACUAAAAAAAUCUAACAUUUUAAGUGUACACUACACUGAGAGUGUUUCCACGGCUCUACCUUUCCAUCAGGGAGCCCGUCCUCACAGAGAUGCCAUUAACAGCUUCAAAUUCCCAUCUAUCCUCUCAUCAAAGCCACCAGACUCUACUGAACAAACAGUAAUUUGGGCUUGCUGAAAACUGAGCUGCUAGUCUGCUGCUGCCUUGAUCAGUUAGUAAAAUUAAAUUCCUGUCUGAAGGCGAGGUAAAGCGAUGAAAAUAUUCUAACUAUAGCAUACUCUCAAAAUGAUAAAUAUUUUUAGGUGGCUAAGAUACUUUCUGCUAAUGCCCACGUCCACAGUAGUACAUUGCUUAGGGGGUGAUCACACAGAAAUGAGACACUAGAGACGAGGACGCUUCAAAGACGCUUGAAACGCUGGAAGCGCUUAUUCAAUGCAUGCUAGCUACUGGCGUCUGACGCUCAAAAAGUUGAAAAUAUUUUAACUUUUCAGCGUCUACGUGCGUCUAAAAAGAAGCGUCUACAAAAACGCGCGUCUAAAAAGACGCCAGAAAAACGGCCAUCUAAAAAGACGCUUAAAUGCCAGUCAGACGCACCGUAUCAUAGAAAAACAAUGGUUUUACUGGCGUCUCGUUUCUAGCGUUUCAUCUCAGUGUGGUUGCUCCCUUAGUUUCCAUGUUGGAUUCCAGCCUGCUUUUCCAACUUGGGAGCGUGCUGACUGACAACUACUGUGUGUAAUACACUGACCAGAUAAGUACUCCAUACAACCCCACUUCAAAAGAUCUUAACUAUCACUUUAAGGCUGAUAUAUUGGGAGCUGGUAGGUAGGAUAGGUGUUAAAGAUGUUAGGGCAGAUGAUAUGGUAAUAGGUAAAGAAAAUCAACUUAAAAAUCUACAACAAGAAACACUGGAGUACAGCAAAUGUAAGGUGAUCCAAACGACUGGAGGAAAAUGGGAGCGAUGUGACAAUGUGAAGACAAACAGAAAUAGAUUUUCUUGGAAGGAUCAUUCAAGGAGAGGGAAGAUUGGGAUAUGAAACUGCAAAAUAUAAUUGUAUUAUCAUCUGUAGUCAAUACAGAAAACUCAUAUUUGACUGCGUUAUUCCACACAGUGGCCAAAACCAUUUCAUAGUUGUUGCUCCUCGAGCUCCUGUGUUAUUUUUGGUCUCCUGGCACGGCUGAGUAUUCUGGCUUUUGUUUCAUGGCGACAUAUUAAACAGCUACAAGGAUUUCCUGAUGAGUGGCUUGAGAAUACACACAAAAUGUGUAGAAGCGCACACACACAGAAAAUGAAAACAAUUCUGGUAAUGUGAUUUGUAACCAGAGGAGUGCAUUAUAAAAAGAAAAUGACCCACAUCAACUUUUUAUAAUUUUAAAUGUGUUAUGCAGAUGUUGAUAUUUGUGUCAAUGACAUCGCCAUCAUUUGCUGUAGCACCUGGAUUGGCCUAUGGCAAAGAAGCAGGAAAAAAGUUUCUCUGAUGGGAAACAAGCGUGGGAAAAACUAAGGAUCACAAGUGGCUUGUCCCUUUUUAUGAUUUUUACAUAAUUCUAAAUUUCAUUAAAGGAAUACUUCAUCCCCCCAAAUUACCAUUUGUAUAUCAGUCACUUACCCUGCAUUAUGUUGAAUUUGUGAAGACAACUUUGUUUUUCCUUGCAUGCCUCCAGUGAACAAAGAAUCCAAUCAAAGUCUAAGGUGACCACAUUCCACAACAGCAAAACUAUAUCAAAACAUCCCUCUACAAACUCACACAACUCAUGCAGUAUAAUACAAGCCUCAUUUAUGAAGUUGUAUGCUCAGUACUUCACAAACAGACAGCCCUAUCGGAUGGGGAAGUGAACUGAAAGUCAAAUUCAAUGUUCUCUUCAAAGCCACACUCCAUCAACAAAAACAGUAAUUUUACCUCACUGAACACUGGAGCUGCUGGUCUAUAGCUGCCUCCAUCAGUUGGUU